GUGACUUGGAUCCGACAUCGUGAUCUGCAUCUACUGACCGUAGGUAGAUUCACGUACACGUCUGAUCAGAGGUUCGCAAGCAUCCACAACGCUAUGACUGAGGAUUGGACACUGCAAGUCAGGUAUCCGCAGCGCAGAGAUACCGGAAUCUACGAGUGCCAGGUUGGCACGACGCCACCUAUCGGCAUCCUGAUGACACUCAGCGUCGUCGAGCCGGUGACCACGCUUCUGGGCGGACCGGAAAUGUACAUCAACAAAGGAAGCACCAUGAAUUUGACCUGCAUUGUAAAGCACAGCCCGGAACCACCCCCGAGCAUCUACUGGACUCACAAUUCGGCCGAAAUAAAUUACGAUUCACCGCGCGGCGGCGUCAGCGUCAUCACGGAGAAAGGCGACAACACCGUCAGCUAUCUGCUGGUCCAGAGGGCUCGCGACUCCGAUUCCGGAAAGUACACGUGCAAUCCAUCCAAUGCCAAUCCAAAAUCGUUAAUCGUUCACGUGCUCAAUGGUGAGCAUCCAGCUGCGAUGCAACACGGCGGUCAGCUGAGAUUGGAAUAUCCUGUAACGGCUUGUCUGCUCAGCGUUCUGCUCGUCCUCCUGGGAAUCUAAUCCGACGUCCAAGCUGCUGACGCGAAGAGGAAGACACACACACAAACAUACACACUGACACACUUAUGUACACACCAUAGAACACAAACAAACAUAUUAGUAACCUCUCGCAGCAAAGGGACUCUUAUUUACGUGAACUAACAACAACUUGUGAACCUAUCUAUUUAUACAUAAAUACACACGUUCACGCACAUCGUCAGCUCGAGCAAAUUUGCAAAUCCCGGCAACGAUUAUUAAAUAUGUCCUUUAAACAUAUACAUUUACAGGAAAUGCAGACAAAGAAGAAAACAAACAAACAAAAAAACUAAACUAAAUAUAUAUAUAACACAUUCGUAGGUGUAAAGAAAGAACCAGACGAUUUUUUAAAAAAAAUAAACGAUAAAUUAUUUUAAAAGUAAAUAUCACAAACAAAUCCACGAAGUAAAUCGUAAAACUCUUUUUAAAAAAAUAAUCUAAAACUAAUUUGUACAUAUUUCUUAACCGAAACGGUUAUUUAUUAAAUA